GAUGUUCGAAACUAUUCUUAUAGUUAUAAAGUUUUUUACAAAACAGGCAACUUGUUAGCAAACUGAAAGUGGCAUCUUGAAUAUUUAAUGAAUCUUCCGAGGAAGCGAUCAGGUUAUUGCACUUGUUUCGCGAGCAUGCGUGAUAGUCACCUUAUUAUAGGAUGGAAAGGAUACGACCAUCAACCCCUCUUCAACAUAUACACGUUAGCCUUUGACAUGGACAUGUCGGAAUCUUCAGGUUACCAAGAUUUUAUGUGGGCAAUCAAAAUAAACCGCCUGAGUUUAGAAUUGGUCGGGUUAUGGCCUAAAACUGAUGAAGUCGCUAAAAGAAGACUCGGUUCUGACAUUCGUACGGGAUUUGCUUUCAUUAUGAUAGCUAUUGUUUCUGGUAUUCCUUAUAUACAUGCACUUAUACGAGUUUGGGGCAAUAUGGCGCUAAUGAUAGACAAUUUACGUGUUACAAUACCUGUGAUCACAAUUUCAUUAGAACUUGUUAUUAUGAGAUGGAAACAAACAGUCGUAUUAACCAUCGUAGAAACAAUGGCAGAAGAUUGGACAGCGACAAAAUUAAGCACAGAGAGGGACGUAAUGAUAAAACAAGCACGGAUUGCACGGUUACUCAUAAUUUUCGGAUACAUUAUAGUGGCAACGUCAUUUACCAUCCUAAUUAUUCUUCCCUGUUUUGGCGUACAAAUUAGGUAUCCAACGAAUCUUACGGAUCGCAACAAACUAUUACCGCUACAGACCUAUUAUAUCUACGACACUGAUAAGGAUCUGCUAUAUGUGCUGACGUUUCUCUCUCAAGCCAUAGGGAUACUUAUGUCAGCAAUAAUUUUCAUUGCUAUAAAUGCAUUCUUAGGAUUUGUAAUUCUUCAUAUCUGCGGCCAGUUGGAGAAUUUCAAGCAACGAAUAAUCAAAUUAGUUUCGUGCGAAGAUUUCAACAAAGCUCUGAGCAGCAGCAUAGUGACUCAUUUACGUCUUAUCAGGUGGGUUUGA